CAUCAACAAACCUUCACGACACUGAAUCGAUUUGCGACAGGCUGGGAUACCAAACCUUCAAAAUAAAAGUCGUAUCGAAAAGGACAGUGCUGCAGAGCCAUUGCAAUAGAAUUUUCUGCAACACCGUCUUCUGUUUUCUGUGACGCUGCGACGGAUGUUAGUGGUAUCUUAGCAACCGAAGAAAAUAAGUUAAACGUUCCUGCUUGCGGCAAAAACACGAGUUGACAGUAUGUCCUCAAAGGAGGCAACAGUGGCAGAGACCAAGACUAAAUUGAAGGAUCGGCUUAUGAACCCUGACCUGUCAGAGGCAAUCCCUCUCUCUGUUGAGGCUCAGCCCAUCUCAAGAGUACUGGAACAUCGCAUCAGUCAAAUUGAGGUUGUUGUAACUCUGCCUGCUAUCCUCCGCUUCAACAGCGCUUCUAGCGUUGUGGAUGAGAAGUUGAACAGGGCACUUGAAAAGCACCGACUGUUAGCUGAAAGACUUGAGAGAGAGACACAAGACGGUCUCAAGAAGGAGGCAGAGGGCGAAGAUGGAGAAGAACAGAAGAGAGCAAACACACGGCUUGAGAGGGACAUCAAGGACUCAGUGAAGGAUCUGCUCAGGUUGCUAUGGACGCAUCCAGACGCCAUUCCUGUUUUCAGGGCAGAGCGAGGUGUGGAAGCAGAGGAGAGUGAGGUAAAACUAAUCAGAGGGCUUAAGAUGUUUCACAGCCAAAUGGUCGACAGGUUGCUGACCAGUGUGCAUGAGGAGCAACAGCUGGUCCUCUACAAGCCGUCGUCUUCAUCCCCUGCCCACAGUCAGGUGCACAAGGCUCCAGUGGAGGAAGAGGUAGCUGCAGCCAUAAAGGCAAUAGAUGCAAAGAUUUCUCAGAAAAAUGUGGAGAUCGAAAAAUUGCAGGAGUCCCUGGACGCAAACAACUCACAAAAACUGCACAUUUCACCCACAUACAAGAAGUGUCAGCCACAUAUAUCAGAGAAACAAGCCAGUAUGCAGCAGGAAGUUGAUCCACUGAACAAUCAGCUCAACAAUUUACUCCGUGAAAACAAACAGGCAGAGAGAGCACUCCAAGAGAAAAAUGAAAAAGUGGAGGCGGAAAUUGAGUAUUUGCUUCAAAGGUUUGACAGUGACAUGGCAGAGAAGCAGGCCGAACUGGAGCUGAAUGAAAUUGAGUGUGAAAGGGAGGAGGAGGAGCUUAGGAAGCAGAAGGAACCAUUCUCGGUCCUAGAGACAGAGUACGACCAGAUCAUAGAGAGGCGUCGGCUGGCAGAGGAGAAGAGACAGGAGGAGAUGAAGGAGCUGGAGCUGAAGACCAAAGCUGCGAUUUUUGCCCAAGCGUGGUGGAGAGGCUACAGCACCCGCAAGGCCUUGAAGAACAAGGGAAAAAAUAAGGGCAAAAAAGGCAAAGGGAAAGAACUUGGGAUCUUACCAUUCAUUAUGUCUGCAAAAACUGGAACAGUGUUGGCAACAACAAACGCAAAGACCCAAUCGAAGGAUCGGCUAAAGAACCCUGACCUGUCAGAGGCAACCUCUCUCUCUGUUGAGGCUCAGCCUAUCUCAAGAGUACUGGAAAAUCGCAUCAGUCAAAUUGAGACUGUUGUAACUCUGCCUGCUAUCCUCCGUUUCAACAGCGCUUCUAGUGUUGUGGAUGAGAAGUUGAACAGGGCACUUGAAAAGCACCGACUGUUAGCUGAAAGACUGGAGAGAGAGACACAAGACGAUCUCGAGAAGGGGGCAGAGGAUGAAGAUGGAGAAGAACGGAAGAGAGCAAACACACGGCUUGAGAGGGACAUUAAGGACUCUGUCAAGGAUCUGCUCAGGUUGCUACGGUCGCAUCCAGACGCCAUUCCCGUUUUCAGGGCAGAGCGAGGUGUGGAAGCAGGGGAGAGUGAGGUUAAACUAAUAACAGGGCUUAAGAUGUUUCACAUCCAAAUGGUCGACAGGUUGCUGACCAGUGUGCAUGAGGAGCAACAGCUGGUCCUCUACAAGCCGUCGUCUUCAUCCCCCGCCCACAGUCAGGUGCACAAGGCUCCAGUGGAGGAAGAGGUAGCUGCAGCCAUAAAGGCAAUAGAUGCAAAGAUUUCUCAGAAAAAUGAGGAGAUCAAGGAUGUGCAGCAAUCUCUGGACAACAUAAUAGCAACAGCACAAAAAGUGUUCAUUUCACCCACAUAUGGGACGUUUCAGCCGGAAAUAUCAGAGAAACAAGCCAGUAUGCAGCAAGACGUUAAUAAACAGAGCAGCCAGAGAGACAGUUUGCUCCGUGAAAACAAACAGGCAGAGAGAGCACUCCAAGAGAAAAACGACAUACUGGAGACAGAAAUCGAGUAUUUGCUCCGACAGUUUGACAGUGACAUGGCAGAGAAGCAGGCCGACCUGGAGCUGAAUGAAAUUGACUGUGAAAGGAUGGAGGAGGAGCAGAGAAAGCUGAAGGAACCCUACUCUAUCCUGGAAAUAGAGUACGACAAGAUCAUAGAGAAGCGUCGGCUGGCAGAGGAGAAGAGACAGGAGGAGAUGAAGGAGCUGGAGCUGAAGACCAAAGCUGCUAUUAUCGCCCAAGCAUGGUGGAGAGGCUACAGCAUCCGCAGAGACUUGAAGAACAAGGGCAAAAAAAAGAAGGGCAAUAAGGACAAAGGCAUAAAAGGCAAAGGCAAAGGCAAAGGCAAAAAGAAAUGAUCCACUGACUAGUUUCAUCACCGACACACA